AUCCCCGCCUUGCAAACAGACGAUACAUUCGCUGCUCCUCAUCCACGUCCUCUCCUCUGGACCACCUUGGUACUAAAGGUCCGAAAGUAUCGCGACCAAGCUAUUCCCAAUUUAUCGCAUCAUGGCGGCCAAACCCCCCGCCCUCGACGUCUCAGCCACGCACAUUGUCGCAACCCUCUUCUACAAGGCCGACACGCCCAACUUCUUCCAGCAUGCAGAUCUGUCGCCCCGAAGUCCCGGCGACCCAAUUCCGUCCGCAUCCCUUGAGUCGCUGAAGGACGGCGCCGUGCCCACCGAGAACCUCGCAGACUACCCCCUUGAACCGCCGACACCGGGGCCCAACGCCCGCGACAACCUAUACGGAAGCUAUGUCAGCCAAAGCUGCCUCACCGAGUUCUUCGUCACCCUCACCAGCAUCAUAGCUGGCUUGGAGAAAAACACAAUAACGAGCAAAAGGCUCGAGGCAAGCAAGCUCUGCAGGGUAGUUGAAGUCACUUUCCCUUUGCCAAGCGCCUCGCCCGUCGCGCUUGAGACGUUGCGCAGGCAUGAAGCCGUGUCGCGCUUCGAGCGCGAGUGGAAUGUCGAAUGCGUCUUCCAGGCAGACACCAUACAUCGGCGCUACAAGAGGCUCGCUGUCUUUGACAUGGACAGCACCCUCAUACAGCAAGAAGUCAUUGACGAGAUCGCUUCGCUGAUAGGCGUGGAGAAGGAGGUAUCUGCCAUCACCGCUGCUGCCAUGAACGGUGAGCUUGACUUCGAGGCCAGUCUACGCGCACGAUGCAAACUGCUCAAGGGCGUGCCAAGCAGUGUAUUUGAGACACUGAAGCCAAGGAUAACAUUGAACGAGGGCGUCAAGGAUCUCAUCACCGCCCUGAAGCGAUUGGGCUUCAAGACAGCCGUACUUAGCGGAGGCUUCACUCCUCUAACAGGAUGGAUGGGGCAGCAACUUGGUCUUGAUUACGCCUUUGCUAACCACCUGGUCGUGUCCGAAGAUGGAGCCACACUCACAGGCGAACUGACUGGUGAGAUCGUACACGCCCAGAAAAAACGCCAACACGUAUUAGAGAUUGCCGAGAAGGAAAACAUACUCCUCGAUCAGGUAAUAUGCGUUGGCGACGGCGCCAACGAUCUUCCUAUGAUGGGUGUAGCCGGCCUGGGCGUCGCCUUCCACGCGAAGCCAAAGGUGCAGAUGCAAGCUCCUGCUCGUCUCAACUCAAAGAGCAUGCUGGAUGUACUGUAUCUCUUCGGUAUUUCAAAGGAAGAGCAGGAAACACUAUUGCAAUAGCACAAUCAUUCGCCGUACAAAAGGUAACCAUCCAACACUGUCCCGCUCGCAUCAUGCACAAUACACCUGUUAUUACGUGAAUCAAGUGGCUAUCUCGAUUUCUCGGUUGCGUCGCUGCGACAAGGCGCGUGUGGUCGUCUGAUACAUGUCCUGGACUCAGGCACACAGCGUGGCGCAGCUUGCCCCUCCGUGUCUGCCUACGACCCCAGCCACGACGCCACAAUAUGCGAUGCGAUCAUAGCCUGGCGGCAUCAUCAUAAAGAAAGAAGGUAUACAUCUCAGCUCGUCCCAAUCAUACUCUGAAAUAAUUGCGCAUCGUCUCUGCACAUUAUUACAAAUCACCGCUUAUUGUACCCAUCUUUCCACGUUCCGACUUGCUUGUCAUCACUAAACAAUGAUGGAUCUACCGAGUCUACCGACAGACAUAUAUCGCCUUCUUCUUGACCAAGUGCGUUUUACC